AUGGUUUCAUCUGUAUUCGACCCCCUGGGAUUUCUGGCGCCACUCAUUCUGCGAGGAAAAAUGAUCCUCCAGCAACUUUGCAGAAACAACACCGACUGGCACCAGCCACUACCCGAUGAACUAAGACCACAGUGGGAGGACUGGAGGCAGGACCUUCACAACCUCAGCAACCUCAAUAUCCAAAGAUGCUACAAGCCCCCUGAAUUUGGUACUGUCAAGUUUGCUGAGCUACAUCACUUUUCAGACGCAUCCCUCUCAGGAUACGGACAGUGCUCAUAUUUGAGGCAAGUAGACAUGCAGGGCCAGGUUUACUGCUCCUUUGUGAUGGCGAAAGCUCGUGUAGCCCCACUUAAAACGGUUACAAUAACUAGGUUAGAGCUGCAGGCUGCAGUGGUGUCAGUGAACCAUGAACUGGCCAACUCUGGGCUGAAGAACAUUUUUUGGACAUACUCCAAGGUUGUCCUCAGAUAUAUAAAAAAUGAAGCCCGUAGGUUUCACAUCUUUGUGGCAAAUAGAAUCCAGCGGAUCCAUGAAUCAUCAAGCCCAGACCAAUGGAGGUAUGUGUCGACAAACGAGAAUCCGGCAGAUUUUGCUUCCAGAGGCUUAAAAGCCAAUGAGCUGACGACCUCCAAUUGGUUCCAAGGACCACCAUUUCUGUGGAAAGAAGAUAUCCCUGGUGAAAGUACCAGUUCACUGCUCAUCACAUCAGACGACCCGAAAGUCAAAAGGGUCCAGGUCUUGGCCACUGGAGCGAUAGAGAAAACUGCCCUCCAAGAUAAAUUCACCAAGUACUCUGAUUGGUCUAGACUGCAGUCCGCGGUCUCUGUACUCCUAAAGUGCUGUGCAAGGAAAUCUCUGGAAGCUGAGAUUAAACCCCCACACGCUCGCGACGGAGCGACAAGAACAAUCAUAUGCAUGGUCUAA